AUGGUUCAGUUCAAGCCAGUCUUUCCCCCUUUGGGGCCGCCACUUUGGAGGGAAUCUUCCCCAUCGGGGAGCCGAAGAGGUCUGGAGAUUGCCCCGAGCGCGCUGCACUCGCAGUCUAGGUUGUGGGGGCAGUGGACCGACGGGUCGCGCAAGCGGCCAGGAAGGGGAAGGUUACGGAAUGGAGGCGAGCCCCGCGCCACGUGUUACCGCUUCGGCGGUCGCACAGUCCAAGUCCUGGGGGUCGCCCAUGCGACCUCGGAGGGGGCCACCAUCGCAGAUGGAUGA